CCGACGCAGGUCCUCACGGGAUUGUGGCGGUCCGCGGUCCCCACUCGGAAGCUCCGGCCGCCCCGGGACUCUCAAGAUGGCCACCUCUCUGGGUUCCAACACCUACAACAGGCAGAAUUGGGAGGAUGCGGACUUUCCCAUUCUGUGCCAGACGUGUCUUGGAGAAAACCCAUACAUCCGAAUGACCAAAGAAAAAUAUGGGAAAGAAUGCAAAAUUUGUGCCAGGCCAUUCACAGUGUUUCGCUGGUGCCCUGGAGUCCGCAUGCGCUUCAAGAAGACUGAAGUGUGCCAGACCUGCAGUAAAUUGAAGAAUGUUUGUCAGACCUGCCUUUUAGACCUUGAGUAUGAAUGUCUGCUUUGGCACGAGAAGCCUACAGAUCCAGAUGAUCCUCUUGCUGACCAGAACAUUAAAGAUCGGUAUUAUGGCAUCAAUGACCCAGUAGCAGAUAAGCUUCUAAAGAGAGCUUCGACUAUGCCUCGUCUGGACCCACCUGAGGAUAAGACUAUCACAACACUUUAUGUUGGUGGUUUGGGCGAUACGAUUACUGAGACAGAUCUCAGGAAUCACUUCUACCAGUUUGGAGAGAUCCGAACGAUCACUGUGGUGCAGAGACAGCAGUGUGCUUUCAUCCAGUUUGCCACAAGGCAGGCUGCAGAAGUGGCUGCUGAGAAAUCCUUCAAUAAGUUGAUUGUCAAUGGCCGCAGACUCAACGUAAAAUGGGGAAGAUCCCAAGCAGCCAGAGGAAAAGAGAAAGAGAAGGAUGGAACCACAGACUCUGGUAUCAAGCUAGAACCUGUACCUGGCCUGCCAGGAGCUCUUCCUCCUCCUCCUGCGGCAGAAGAAGAAGCCUCUGCCAACUACUUCAACUUGCCCCCAAGUGGUCCUCCAGCUGUGGUGAACAUCGCCCUGCCACCACCCCCUGGAAUUGCCCCGCCCCCACCCCCAGGUUUUGGCCCACACAUGUUCCACCCAAUGGGACCACCCCCUCCUUUCAUGAGGGCUCCAGGACCAAUCCACUACCCUUCUCAGGACCCUCAGAGGAUGGGAGCGCAUGCCGGAAAACACAGCAGUCCCUAACACAGUAUCACCACUCAGGGGUUCUAUGGAAGAAAGGGCGCUUUGAAAUCCCAGAAAAGACAAAGUAAAAAUUGCUUUUUAUUCCUAUCAAUCAGAUGGAAACAAAUUUUAUGGAGCUGUGUAUCACUGAAGAAAAUGGUGCCUGAGAUGAAACUGUUUUAAAGAACUUCCUAUAAAACACUUUCUUUAACACAUUGAAAAGAGAGCCUUGGAGUGUGUUUGAAUGGAAGACUUGUGACCACAGCUGGAAUCUGAUCUUCAGCAUUCACCUUCGUGUGUCUUCAGUGUCUCGUCAUUCCCUGCUUCUGGACAGGGGACUCUGGUCUUAGAAUGUUUGACUAUAACUGAAUUGUAGAUGGUAAGGGAAAUUUGAUGUUGUAUUUUUUGUUUUUAAAUAAUUAAAACGGGUCAAUUUUC